UAUGUAUACCAUAUCAUUCUCGGGUUCUUGAUUUUCUUUAGCGUAUUUACUUUUGUAAAAUCUUUAUAGAUUUCUUUCGAUCUAGGAUUUUUGAAUUGAGAAUUCAUAUACUUACAAAAUUCAAAAUGCAAAACGACGCCGGAGAAUUUGUUGACUUGUACUGUCCAAGGAAAUGCUCUGCCAGCAACCGUAUCAUUCCCGCUAAAGAUCACGCUUCCAUUCAGAUCAAUUUAGCCGAAAUUGACUCGUCCACUGGUCGCAUUACUGGAAAUCACAAAAUCUUGACCAUUAGUGGAGCUAUUCGUCGUAUGGGAGAGUCAGAUGACUGCAUAACGAGGUUAGCAAAAGAACACGGGAUUGUAGCUAAGAAUUUCUAGGAUAACUAUAGUUAUGAAUUUAUUCUAUUUCAAAAUGUGAAUAAAAAAAAAAAAAAAAAAAUUGGUGUUUUUAUUAUUUGAUAUUUUAUCUAUCUAACUGUAUUCUAAUACAGUAUUUAAUGAAUUAAUUAUGAUCCUUUUAUUAUUAAGUGUGUAAUCAUCCAUAAAUGUAUUCUCUCUGCAUUAAAAUAAAAACAAAUAAAUAAUUUAAAAAUUAUAA